AACAAGAACUUUCACACUCCCACUCCCCCCUCUCUCUCUCUCUCUCUCCCAGCUGAGCUGCUUGCACGCCGCCCUGCUCGUCGCCUUUCGCCGCCGCCAUCUCUCUCUACUCUACUAUACUCUAAUGCCUCGGCGGCUUUACUAAGUUCUACUUUAGCAUCGUACCAUAAUCUGCCCACAGGGCUACAGAUUUCUUGAUUGGUUUGAGCUAUUGGGUGUGUUCUUGGCAAGAGACGCAAGGCCAAGAAAGGUGGCAGGUUCUUUUGUCAAUCUCCAAUUUUUCCCAGUUAAAAAUUUGUAGGUUUUUUUUCCUCUCCAAAUUUUCCCAACCGAGGCUACCAGGUGGCCGAGGCAUUUGGUGUGGAGUUAUUGCAAAAGCAACCUCGAUUCCUGCACCGAUUGCUCGGUUUGAUGCUGAAGAGACGGAGCAAAGGUGCUCCAUUUGCUAAAAAUCCCAGCUUUCUCAGGGAAGAACAGUAGAAGAAACGACUGGAAGGUUUGGGGUUUGGGUUUUGGGAGGAUGAUUCAGCUGCUGUUCCUUGUGGUGUUGGCGGAGGCGGCGGUGGCGCUGCUGCUGAUGGUGAAGGUGGGGCCGCUGCGGGAGGCGGCGAUGCGCGGCGUGGAGCAGGCGAAGCAGGGGAAGGGCCCGGCGACGGUGAAGACGCUGGCCUGCACGCUCUCGGUGAUCCUCAUGUCCAGCGUCGCCAGCAUCCUCAAGAUCCAGAACCGGGGGCUCAAGCUCGGCACCGUCAGCCCCAUGGACCAGGUGCUCUGGCGCACGCACCUCCUCGAGGCCUCCCUCAUCGGGUUUACUCUAUUCCUUGCAUUUGUCAUUGACCGGUUGCACCACUACCUCCGAAAACUGGUUACACUGAGGAAAGCAGCCAACACAUCAAGAGAGGAGGUCGAGAAACUUCAAAUGGAGAACCGGUCAUUCCAUGAAAAGGAGGAGAAAUCAUCCGGUGAAAUCAAGAAGCUUCAGCAAGAGAUUGCUAAGCUAAACGAGAGUAUGAAGAAGCUGAAAUCCGAGUCUGAAGAUCACGAGAAGGCGGCAUUGGAAGCAGAGGCCCAUGUGAACGCCCUACAGAAGCAGUCAGAGGAGCUCCUCCUGGAGUACGACAGGUUGCUGGAGGAUAACCAAAUUCUGCAAUCUCAGCUUCACUACAAAAGCUGAAUCAGUUAACCUGGGGCAAUGCAACUCAAAAGUGUUCAUAACCAAGACUCCCUAGACUUACCAAGUAUCAGUGCAGAACAAACGUAGUGUUGGGCCGAUGUAGUGUGUGCAUUUGUAGCUUUGAGGCACUGUAAAAUCCAGGGAUAGUGGUGAAAUGGAUAUGGGAAAUCCGGCAUCAGGUCAUCCAGGGCCUUGAUAUGAAAAUCGAACUGAUUUUGUGGGUUGUUGCCAUGCAGACCUUGGUUUGAAAAUCUGAGAACAAAUUUCCUACUGAAAUGAAUGCCCUUUUAGCUUUCCUGAGAAAUUGGGCAUCGAUGGAUCGUUUUAAUUGUCUGAAUAACUCAGUAUAUGUUUUCCUGAAUACUUUGGGCAUCAAUGAAUUCU